AUGACGCCGGUUUCGGGUAGCUCCUAUGGGGGGGCCCUCCCAAGGCCCUGGCGAGUCUUGCCUGUGACAGUCAAGCUCCUGGCCAAGUGGAAAGUAAAAACUAGGUCUGUGGGCCAGCCUUACUUACACUUCACUUUCACACUAAUACAACCACCCAACUUGAUAGUAAGAAAUGAAAACGUAGGUGUUAUUGUAACACUCACUGAAGAGGAACGGCUGCCUGCCACAGCCGGCAAUGAUUUUGAGUGUCACUUGAUUCCUAUCAUAGAAUUUGAACCACCGUCCUUAGAGCAGAUAUGUGAAUUCAUUUCAAUAUGUGAUGCAGCUCAGGAGAAGAAGAAGGCUGUAUGCGUACACUGCAGAGGGGGUUGUGGGCGCACUGGUGUUAUGUUGGCAUGUUACCUGGUCAAAAAACAUCUUAUGUACCCCUUGGCUGCAAUACAGUUCAUACGAGAAUUCCGUCCAUACAGCGUAGAGACAUCGGAGCAGGAACAAGCAGUAUGCAAGUAUAGUGAACAAUUAAGUAAUAAUAACAGCCAACUCACCAGAAGAAUUUCUGAAUUCAGAUCAGAUGAAUCACCCCCAUGGAAUUUUUCGUGGAUAGUCAAGAAUGAAUUGUGUGGUGGUGCAUGGCCGCGAUUUCAAGCAAAUGUAGAAUUUCUCAGGAAUGAAGGUGUAGGUGUUGCUGUAACUACAUGUGAAGCAUCUCCUUUGCCAACACCAUCAACAAACGACAUAGAAAUAUAUGUGAUUCCUAUUAAACCAAGUAAGGCUCCAUCCCUCUCUGACUGCAGGAAAUUCAUAACUAUCUGCAAUCAGGCCAGGAGUGAACAAAAGGCUAUGUAUGUGUACUGUAGAAUGGGUCUUGGACAAACUGGCACCCUUCUGGCCUGCUACCUGGUAAAAUAUCACCAGCAGCCUCCUGCCAAGGCAAUUGCAAUGGUUCGAGAAAUGCGUCCGGGCAGUGUAAAGAACGUGGAGCAGGAAAUGGCCGUUCACACAUUUUGGAACUUCUUGUAUUGUGUAUGAUUUUUUUUUCUAUUUGAUAAAGAUAUGUAAAGAUUUAUAAGAAGGAAGUGAGGUUUUUAAAUUCUCUGUAAUUGGGUUUGUAGCUUCCAUGUAGCAUUAUUUUAGUCAUGUUAGUAAGAGAUAACCAUUCUGAAUACAGGUAAUCUAUAUCUGGGAGUUAUUUAUUAAUAAUAAAAAGGAUUUAUAGAUAUAUAAAAUAUUUUUAUAGCCAUAGAAACUUGUACUUAUGAUUGAUAAUAGGUAAUGUUAGUCUUGGUAAUCUGAGAGGAAAUAAAUAUCAAGUGGAAUGAAUAUCUUCACAUCAUUAAAGAUAUACAU